AUGAGUGUUAAAUUUUUUGUGGGACUCGCGACAGCGGGUAGCGGAUUCGCUAUAAUAGCAUCACUAGUGGCAGUAUGCGUCAUAUUCAACGAUAUUAACUCACUUUAUGACGAUGUCCUCACUGAAAUGGGAGAUUUUAAGUUGGUAGCCGAUGAUGCGUGGGACAGGAUUCUGAUGUUGCAUAUGAAUCCAACCGGAAGGAGCAGUGCUCCACCAACAUUCGAGAGUCUCUUUGGAAGACACAAACGUCAAGCACCCCCUGACAGAUGCCACUGCGGACCAUCGGCAGAAGGUUGCCCUGCAGGACCACCAGGACCACGUGGAGACAAAGGUGAUCCUGGACCAGAUGGGCCAGAUGGUGAGGAUGGCCGUCCUGGUGUUCCUGGAGUUGUCAACAUCGUGACUCAUGAUAUUCCCGGCGGUUGCAUUGACUGCCCACCUGGACCUCCUGGACCACCCGGACCAGAUGGACCAGUUGGUGAGGAGGGACCAGCCGGAAACCAAGGACAACCCGGAAGACCAGGACGUCCUGGACCACCUGGACCAGUUGGAGAACCCGGAGAGCCCGGAGAACCAGGACCACAAGGACAGCCUGGCCGACCUGGACCACCAGGACGUGACGGUAAACGUGGACGUGGACCACCAGGACCCAAAGGACCACCUGGACCUCGGGGACCACCAGGGCCACCAGGUAAAGAUGGUGAGAAGGGGGCUGACGGAGAGCCAGGAGAACAAGGACCAGCCGGAAGGAAUGGCAGAGAUGGACGACCCGGAAAGGACGGACGUCCUGGACCGGCCGGAAGUCCAGGAUUGCCCGGACCAGAUGCACAUUACUGCCCUUGCCCACCGCGCAGCUCAGUAUUCGUUAAAAAGAGCUAA